CUUUCCCCGUCCUGCUUCCCAGUGCCUCGGGCCUCCUGGGGUUGGUGCUGGGCGCCAAGCCAGCGGAGCCGGCGGAACCCGCUUCCCGCCUCCACGGGGCAGCGCCAGCGGCCUGGUACUUUCACCGGCAGCUCGGUGCCGACGCCCUCACCGCUCUUCCUAUCGCCGGGAGUGGCGGGCCGACCAGGGGGCGGCCGGGCUACCGUCCGCCAUUCCCGUGUCUCUGCGCCCGCGGGGGCCGCCCGAGCCGGCCACCAUGCCGCUGGGCCUGAAGCCCACCUGCAGCGUAUGCAAGACCACGUCGUCCUCCAUGUGGAAGAAGGGAGCGCAGGGGGAGAUCCUCUGCCAUCAUUGCACUGGCCGGGGCGGCGCGGGCAGCGGGGGCGCAGGCUCGGGGGCGGCUGGAGGGACUGGGGGCAGCGGCGGCGGCGGCUUCGGCGCGGCGACCUUCGCCAGCACCUCCGCCACCCCUCCGCAGAGCAACGGGGGCGGGGGCGGCAAGCAGAGUAAGCAGGAAAUUCACAGGAGGUCUGCUCGGCUCAGAAACACUAAAUACAAAUCUGCUCCGGCUGCUGAAAAGAAAGUCUCCACCAAAGGAAAAGGGAGAAGACAUAUAUUUAAAUUGAAAAAUCCCAUCAAAGCUCCUGAGUCAGUUUCCACUAUAAUCACUGCAGAAUCAAUAUUCUACAAGGGAGUAUAUUACCAAAUUGGUGAUGUUGUUUCUGUGAUUGAUGAACAAGAUGGAAAGCCCUACUACGCUCAAAUCAGAGGUUUUAUCCAGGACCAGUAUUGCGAGAAGAGUGCAGCACUGACGUGGCUCAUUCCUACCCUCUCUAGCCCCAGAGACCAAUUUGAUCCCGCCUCCUAUAUCAUAGGGCCAGAGGAAGAUCUUCCAAGGAAGAUGGAAUACUUGGAAUUUGUUUGUCAUGCACCUUCUGAGUAUUUCAAGUCACGGUCAUCACCAUUUCCCACAGUUCCCACCAGACCAGAGAAGGGCUACAUAUGGACUCAUGUUGGGCCUACUCCUGCAAUAACAAUUAAGGAAACAGUUGCCAACCAUUUGUAGUUCACAAAUUAAAACUGGGUUUCCAGGCCUGGUGUGGUGGCUCACGCCUGUAGCCCCAGCUAUUGCACCACUGCUCUCCAAGCUGGGCAAUGGAGUCAGAUUCUCUUUCUUAAAAAACCACAAAAAAACUGGAUUUCCAGUUCUCUAAUAUUCUUAGUACCACAAGAUAUGUCAUAGGUAUCUUUAAAUGAAAUUCUUAGCUGGAAAAGUGACUAAAAAGUUUUUUUCCUACUACCUAGUAAUACACAAAUCAUUGUUUAUUACUGGUCACUUAGAAAAUUAAAAGGGAUAGGGCCAGGCGCAGUGGCUUAUGCCUGUAAUUGCAGCACUUUUGGAGGCCGAGGCAGGCGGAUCACCUGAGGUCGGGAAGUGGAUCGCCUGAGGUCAGGAGUUCGAGACCAGCCUGGCCAACAUGGCAAAACCCCGUCUCUACUAAAAAUACAAAAAUUAGCCAGGUGUGGUGGCAUGUGCCUGUAAUCCCAGCUAUUUGGGAGGCUGAGGCAGGAGAAUCGCCUAAACCCAGGAGGUAGAGGUUGUAGUGAGCCAAGAUUGCACCGCUGUGCUCCAGCCUGGGCAACAGAGUGAGACUCUUGUCUCGGGAAAAAAAAAAAAAAAGCUGGGCACAGUGGCUCACGCCUUUAAUCCCAGCACUUUGGGAGGCUGAGGCAGAUGGAUCGCCUGAGGUUGGGAGUUCGAGACCAGCCUGGCCAGCAUGGUGAAACCCUGUCUCUACUAAAAAUACAAAAAUUAGCCAGGCGUGGUGGCGCACACCUGUAGUCCCAGCUACUCGGGAGGCUGAGGCAGGAGAAUUGGUUGAACCCAGGAGGUGGAGGUUGCAGUAAGCAGAGAUCGUGCCACUGCACUCCAGCCUGGGUGGACAGAACAAGACUCCGUCUCAAAAAAAACAAAAAAUUAAAAGGGAUAGAAUAUAAUGAAAUAUAUUUUGAACUUAAAUUAUAUUCUAUAUGUGUAUCUUCCUAGGCAAAAGCUGUAAUUUCCAGAGAGACCAUUAGGAACAGGUAGUAUCUAUUUUUCUCCGUUAUUUAUUUCUAGAAACUCAUAAAAUGGAUUGUAUUUUUCUAUAAGAACAAAAUAUUAAUUAAGGUAUAGAUGACUGACCAAGGGCUUAAUCAAAUAAAAUGACUAACAGCAUCUAUCAUAAAGCCACACAAGCCUUAUGUUCUCAUCUCAAAAAUGCUGUGACAGCUUUUUGGCUGCUUUAACCAUAAGAAAAAUGAUUGGUGGAUGAUUUUAUUAGCCCAGGCUUUUAAAAACUUUCAUCUAGGCCAGGCGCGGUGGCUCACGCCUGUAAUCCCGGCACUUUGGGAGGCCUGAGUGGAUGGAUCACUUGAGGUCAGGAGGUCAGGACCAGCCUGGCCAACAUGGUGAAACCCUAUCUCUACUAAAUAUACAAAAAUUAGUUGGGUGUUAUGGUGCAUGCCUGUAAUCCCAGCUACUCGGGAGGCUGAGGCAGGAGAAUUGCUUGAACUUGGGAGGUGGAGAUUGCAGUAAGCCGAGAUCGUGCCACUGCACUCCAGCCUGGGUGAUAGAGCAAGACUCUGUCUCAAAAAAGAAAAAAAAGAAAAAACUUUAAUUUAAUCCUUCUGUAGCAAACAGGCAUUCAGAACCAUUCUAUUGAUCUUAAUAAAGCUGCUCUUUACUGAUUCUAGUCAAAAAUGAGACUUCAAUCAAACCAUAAGAUUUUAUACUGCAGAUAGUCAGCUUCACCAAAGCCGCGGAGGAAACAUGUUGAGAUCAGGCUUCCCGCUUGAUAGUCUCUUGACUACCAUUAAAACGAAUAUUGGGAGGUCAUGAAAGUCAUUGGUAGGCCAUUAGCAUUGAUAUCUUUAAAACAUCUACCCUAAACCAUCUGCUAUGGACCCAUAACAAGAGGCCUGUUGUAUAUGAAAUUGUCUAGAAUUCAGGUGCAGGUCUUUGACAGUUAAGUAAGGGAGCAACACGUAAAAUGGGAGAGGAGUGGGGUGUACUCACUUGCCUCCUCUUUUGUCCUGAUUUAACCAGCAUUUUUCAACCCUGGGAAAAUUUGCAGAAUCUAAGUUGAUUGUAAUGACUUUGAGCUGCAGCAGCUUUAACUCUUACCCUUUUUCCACAUAGUUAUGGUGUUUGAGUUGGAAAGAAACAACUAUAGGUAGCUACAUGUACAUAAUUAUCUCUUUAUUCACAAAGGGUAUAGUAAAAUUGAUUGUAAAUAACUAAGUGCCAAUAUUCAAAACUUUUGGAUUAAAAUGUAUUUUUCACAGUGCA